AUGCAAAAACAAACCGAAACCAGAGAAAUUAUUUACUUGAACGAUCGUCGUUAUCCCGCACCAAAGAUACUCCUACCAAAACCUCGUGAAGGUCUUCCGACUCAAGAAGAAUUAGAUGCUGAACCGAAGAUUUGGACAUGGGGAGAAUUGAAAGCUUUUAUAUAUUUUAGACCUUUGGAACCUCUUGGUCGAAGUGCAGCUCUACAGAAGAGGUAUAAAUUAUGGGUUGAAGGUGUCAAACAAGAUUUCGGUACUGUAGAAAAUUAUCUCAUGGAUCAACUUCCAUGGAACACCCUCGCCCCUUCUCUCAUCCCUCCAAACUCACCCCAAAUCCCACUGAUCGACCAACCGAGUUCUCCCAAAUCUCCAUUUUCAGUCGGUUCCACUAACUUGAAUCUCACUUCACCUAAUGAAACACCUCCGCUUAGUCCUCUCGGCUCAUCAGAAUCAGAACCAUCGUCCCCUUCGACGGCUCCUUCUUCCAUCAUGUCUAUGCAGGAAGAUGAAGAUUUAUAUCUUCGUUGGGACCCGACGAAAGGGUUGGACGAAACUAAGUUUGUGGUGAAAUUUAAUGAUUGGCCUUAUUCUCUUCCUCAUGGUGUUCGACAUUACGUGGUUUGGUCCAAGGUACCCAUAGCUCAUCCUGAAUUAGUAAAUAACGAUCCUGAACAAUGGUCCGUCAUUCAAGAACGUGGUUUAACAGGUAUGACAGGAGUUCUUCCUCUUCCCGAAGGUACUAAACCUGGAGAUCCUGAAAUCCCUUCGGAGAUACUUGAACCAAGAGCCGGAGAUGAUGUGAAGCGUUGGGCUGGGGUUCAAUUCGAAUCUCUUGGUGGACAUGAAGUAGGGAGGAUGGUACGUUCUUUAUGGGAUGAAAGAGGUUGGGAAUGUUUAUGGUUGUUAAAUCCUAUUCGAAAUCAAAGUGUUCGUGGAUUAUCUCAUUUCCACGUCUUGGCAAGACGCAAGAUGCCAGGAGAGAUAGACGUGGCAGAACGUAUUUUUGUCCCUCAGACUUCUUAUCCGGACGGUGAGGAGGGCGGAAGGGAGGUGGGUAUAUUUGAAGAGAGGGGCCUUGUAGGGAACAAACCUAGUGAUGUAGUGUAUCGAAGAGAUCUUUACCGAGACGGAGAUGUAAAAAAGGGUAGAGGUGUCAAAGGAUUGGUACCAGGCGUAGUACCAAACGGAGUAAGCCCGGACGCGGGAAUGGAGACGGGGACGGGAAUAGAAGAUGGAGUACGACUACCAGAGACAUCAGAUGUCAUAUGGUCCUCUACCGCUCGUCUGGGUUUGUUGCUGUCUAAACGUCCAUGUUUCUCAUGUCGGAAUGGAGCCAGUACUCUGAUUCUACCUUCACGUGAAGAACCAACGGCUCGGUUCUAUGAACUGGUGUGGACAUUGCAUAAACUGAAACAGGAACAAGACAAGCUUCUAAAGAGCUCAAAGUCAAAUCCAAGCCAACUCAUAGAAUUUUGGGAUGUUGGGAACCGUAUGAAAGAUGUGACUGAGCUUGCAAGUCAACAAGGUUUUUUGAUAAUUUGUAAUCGUUGUGUUAUAUCAAGCAGCUUCAGCCAUUGUAAGGCAGCUGUUGAGCAAUUACAUUCUGGAAAAGCUGCAAGAUUGUCACAAAAGAGAACGUCAGAUAAGAGAAGGUAUUGGAAUUCAAGGAAUUCUAAGACAUCCAUUAAGACUUAUUCAGGGAAUUCUGUCUUGCCACCAGAAUUAAAUAUGUCUGAAGCCGUCCGUGAGGAAGAUACAGCUGGGAAGUGUGAAGAUGACUACAGAACAGACACUACAUAUGUCUUCUUACAGGAGUCCGGACGCCAUGACAAUUGA